CUCCUGUAUAUCUCUCUCCCCCCCUCAGUCUGUCUCAUCAUUUGGUUCCUGCAUCUCUGCCAGUUACAACCCCUCUCUCUCUCUGUACAGGAUGGGGCUUCCGCAGCCUCUCCUGCGCUGUGUGCUAUGGGCAGCUAUAUUUACUGGGAUCACAGCACAAACACCUAAUUUUCUAGCAGUGGCGCCACGGAUCAUUCAUGUUGGGGUAGAAGAAUCAGUGGGAGUUCAGUUUGAGUGGCCCUCAGGUUCGUCACCUCCUGCUGGUGACAUUCAGGUGAAAUUGUACCUAAGGAACCAGCUGAAUAUGGCGAAAUGCUCAGAACAGAAAACCGUAAUACUGAACAGAGCGAACAAUUAUAUAAAGAUAGAGAAACUGCAGAUCACUUUUCUUCAGGCAACUACCUGUAAGUUGGAUACUACAAAAGUCAACAGAUAUGUCCAACUAGCAGUAGAGAGCAGUGUUCUUGGUGAUAAAAAGCGAGCUGUGUCCAUCCCUGUGUCAUACCAGAGGGGAUACCUGUUUAUACAGACGGACAAGAGUAUAUACACUCCAAAGGAAAAAGUUCUUCCAAAUUUUGAGGUGAAGAUUAUUCCAGACAUCCCAUAUUUCCUCAUCUCUAAAAACGAGUUAAGAUUCAGAGUUGAAGCCAGGUAUGUGUACGGGGAACCUGUAGACGGUAUCGCCUAUGUACGAGUAGGAAUCAUAGACAAAGACGGGCAGAAAUCAAUGCUAAGAGGCCUGGAGCAGCAAGUGAAGUUGAAAGAAGGAUCCAUGGAUAUAACAAUAACAAAAGCUAACAUUUCAGAGAAAAUUAAGCAGCCGUUGGAUAACUUAAUUGGAACCAACUUCUAUAUUGCAGCAAGUGUUGUGGAGAUAGCUUCUGGAGCUCUAGAGGAGAAAGAGUUGACUUCUGUAAAAAUUGUGGCUUCACCCUACAUUCUGGAUCUCUCCAAAACCAAGAAAUACUAUAUUCCUUCUACACCAGUGUAUAUUGUGGCGGAGGUAUCUCACGCUGAUGGAUCUCCUGCAAAAGGUGUUGAUGUCCGUUUCACAGGUUUAAAUGAAAAAGUGGAGACCAUUAAAUCCAAUGAUAAUGGAGUUGCAACCAUUCACCAUAACCUAAAUCAAGAUCCCAAAUCACUGGAGCUCACGGUCAGCGCAGGAACAAGUGAAGGUUCAGUGGUCGAGACGCUGCAUCUUCUUCCAUAUUCUUCUGCAACAAAAAGUUUCCUUCACAUGUCUGUACCAUAUCAGGUGCUGAGUCCUGGGGAGUCUGUCAUGGUCACAUUAAAGGUAGUGUCUGCAAAAGAAAAUGACGUCAAGAAGAUCUACUAUAUGGUGCUCAGUAAGGGUCAGAUUAUUUCCAUCAACUACAUUUCAAAAACUGACUACAUAAAUUUACCAAUUCCUGUCACUUCCUCUAUGGUACCCUCUUUCCGUAUUGUCGCCUACUAUCACCUUCACUCAGAGAUCGUUGCCAACUCAGCUUGGGUGGAUGUCACAGAUGAAUGCGAGGGCAAGCUAACGUUGAGUCAUAAGGUGAAGGAUUACAUUGAACCAGGAGCAUCCUUCGAUUUGGACAUGGUAACAGAUGACAAUGCUUUAGUGUCACUAUCUGCGGUGGAUACUGCAGUAUAUAUCCUGAAUUCUAAGAACAAGCUGACACUAGGCAAGAUGUUCAAAGCUAUGAAUUUAUAUGAUUUAGGGUGCUCCCCAGGUGGGGGAAAAGAUUACAAAAAUGUCUUCAUGGAUGCUGGACUUGCUUUUGUUUCCAAAGAUGAAUACAGUAACCUCAAUGGGUUUAGUUGCAAGGUCUCUCAACGGAAAAAGCGAAAUAUAGAAUUCAGUUUGCUCACUCAACAAAAAGUCAACUCUUAUCCCACUCGUGAGCUUCAGCGCUGCUGUGGAGAUGGCAUGACACUAUUGCCUAGAAAGAUGAAAAGGACCUGUGUGCAAAGAGCGGUCCGUAUACCAUCACAGUCUUGCAAAGAGGCCUUCCGUACAUGUUGUGACUAUGCUGAGAAAUUGCGCUUAGAAAUAACUCUAAAAAAACGCAAAACUCAAGGACUGGGAAGAACUCAGGAAGUGGGCCAGGACGAUGAAGAUGACUUUGCCGAUGAAAACGAUAUUCAGUACCGUACAUAUUUUCCAGAGAGCUGGCUUUUUAAGACCGUGAAUGUGGAUAAAAAGGAAAGUAUUCAUCUUAAUAUCCCGGACUCAAUCACUACUUGGGAAAUACAGGGUAUAGGGAUGUCGGCUAGAAAAGGUUUCUGCAUUGCUGAACCAGUGAAACUAAAAGUAUUUAAACCAUUUCACAUCCACCUGCGAGUCCCAUACUCCAUUAAGAGGUUUGAACAGAUGGAAAUAAGGCCUGUAUUAUACAACUAUAAUGAUAAGCAGUUAAAGGUGAGAGUGUACAUGGAGCAAGCUGAAAGUAUCUGUAGCCCAGCCAAAGACAUUGAGGGCUCAGACGGCAUCAGACUUACUCUGCCAGCAAAUUCUGCUACUGCCGUUUCCUUUCCUGUGGUUCCCAUUGGGAAGUCUAGCCCAGUGAUAACUAUUGUAGCCCUGGGACAGAAUGGUAUUACUGACAGCAUCAGGAAACCCCUGAAGAUUGUGAGGGAGGGGACCCAAGUCCUUGAGGAAAAGACAUAUAUUGUGGAUCCCAAGG